AUGGAAACGGGCCAAAAAUACUUUAUACUAAUAGUGUUUGCUUUUCUUCACAUUUAUAAUGUUUGCGUUGCCAAUGUUAAAUGGCAGGCUAGACCUAUAUCCAUUUCAAAGAACACUACCGAUCCGAAUUAUAUGGACUUGAAUGUCAAAAUCGAACGCUUCGGACAGGGAGAGUUCGCCUUCACGGGUACCUACUUCACCACCAUCGAAAUGGAUGAAUCUGUGACGGUGGAACUCCGGAUCUACAGCUGUUAUUCGGGCAAUGAGGCCGACUACAAACUGACCCCCUAUAGCAUUCAGCCCCAGAAGUUCAUCGACUACCUCAACACCUUCUACAAGGAUCUGUUGAUGAAGAAUCUGGGAGACUGCACCGAUCUGCCCAAGUAUGAGGAUGGAUAUGUCCCGCCAUGGCCAAAGGGCACUUUUAACUUCACCCGCUGUCAGAUCAGUGGCGAGGGUAUGCCGGAGGUGGUUCCGGAGGGCUUCUACAAGGCUCUGGUCAUCAUCAGUGCCCUGCCAGCCGUGGAGCUGCAGUUCACCGUCAUCCUGAAGGUGACGACGAAAAUGUUCUGAAAACUUUUCCCUGAAUACAUCGAGAGUGGCUCUAUUGUUA